UAUGCUCAUACACUCAUGUUUAUAAACCUGGUUUUAAUGUUUUUGUUUUCUUUAGCAAGCACGGCCGUAAUGGUCAUGCUUAUUACCAACAUCAACUCGGGUGUAUAUCAGUCUACAACAGUUUAUUUCAUAGUUUGGCUUCUUAUCGGGAUUAUUGGAUCUAUCAUCUCAUUUUAUCUGUGGCAUGUCGGCAUCAUCUUAACGGGAGCCUAUGGCGUGUAAGUGCCUUAUUUUCUUUUCCUUUUUCCUUUUUUAUUAAGAGGUGCAACGACAUCCCUAAUGCCUGCUACUGCCAAUCUAUUGGAAAAUAGAUUUGUAAUUGUUGCAGUAAUCUUCACAGCAGCCAAUGUCACCAAUUACGUCUUUCGGUACGUAUUCCUAGCGAUCUGUGUGGUCAUAGGGGGCUACUUGACCAAACGUUAUGAGCGAUAUGCAGUGAUCAUAGCCACAUCACUCGGCGGCGCCUACUGUGUCAUGUUUGGAAUCGAUAUGUUUGUGCAAUCUGAAUUCAGGUCCACGUUCCAUGUGAUGUUGUCGCAAUCGACUGAUAGGUUUCAUCCUGUUGCAGGCACAUGGGUCAUGAUUGCAUUUGUCCCUGUCAUUGCAGCUAUUGGAACUGCAUGGGAGUGGAAACAUCAUGAAGCACCUGUGGGAAGUUGGUGGUUUGGGCACGGGGCUAGACCUCUUCCUCCUUUACCGGGUGAAAGACCCCAUAGAAAGUGUUGUGGUAUCACAAUGGCAUUGUCGGCAAAGGCUGCAAAGGCUGCAAAGGCUGCGAAAGAAACUGAGGAGAAGACAACUGGAAGUGACACUACCCUUGUAUCACCGAGCACAAAGACAACCACAAUGGCAGGAGAAGCGAAAGCGGGAUCAUCAUCACUACCACUGUCAUGGUCGCAUUGGUGCUUCCCAUGUUGUACUCGGCGCAAUAACAAGACGACUACAGCAGAAGAUAAUGGGCCAUCGUCAACUGCAGAAGCAAUGGAGGCAGAGCCCAUGACUGUUGUAGUUGCAUCAGAUGCUCCUGCCACUGAGGGAUCUUCGCCCAGAGAGGAAAAGCCUUACAAUGUUUUGGUCAAUGAGAAGUCAAAGCCUACAGCGGGUCCAAGUGUGACAUUCAUCAAAGAAUACGAUAUUCCAAUAGAGAGGGCGUAUUUUAGUUCAGGACGCGAAACUAUUGGUCACACUGGCGUCCAAAAGGUUGUAAUCCAACGCGAAGUGCGCGAGUUUGGCGUGGACGUUGACGAGAAGUUAUAGAUAUAAUUGGUUGUUGAAGUGAAAUAAAAUGUUAACUCUAUCCUAAAAU